CCGCACGUCUUACUCCAAUACGAGGAAGAAGGAAACAGCCGUCUUUACCGACGCGACUACCAUUUAUAAGGGCUGUCGAGCUCUCGAUCGCGUGAAGCAUAUCGCAUCUUCUAUCGUACUACUGCACUUCCAUCAUGUCUGCCCCUACAGAUGCGACGAGCAGCAACGGAAAGGCUGCAGUGGCAGAAUCCAACCAUGUCGGCUUUCGACCCAACAAUGUCGUGAAGGUGCAGCCUGCGCGACUCGAUGAUCUGCAGCCGAGGUAUGCGCAGAGGAUUCAGCAUUCGGAGGAGAACCCAGAGGCACAUGGCUGGUACGCAGGGAUGAUUCAUGGUCUGGGUAGUCUUAUCGGCUUCUGCGGUGCCAUUCCAUGCUGUUUCUGCUGCCCGAACCCCUUCAAGGACGUUAAGCAGGGUGAAGUUGGUCUGGUGUCGAAAUUUGGACGCUUCGAGCGCGCAGUUGAUCCGGGUCUGGUCAAUAUCAACCCACUCAGUGAGAAGCUCACCACGGUCGAUGUCAAGAUUCAAAUCGUCGAGGUUCCUCGUCAGGUCUGCAUGACCAAGGACAAUGUCACCCUCAACCUGACCUCCGUUAUUUACUACCACAUCACCUCUCCGCAUAAGGCGGCUUUCGGUAUUACCAACGUACGCCAGGCGCUUGUGGAGCGCACCCAGACGACCUUGCGCCAUGUUGUGGGCGCUCGUGUCUUGCAGGACGUGAUCGAGCGUCGAGAGGAGAUUGCGCAGUCAAUUGGCGAGAUCAUCGAAGACGUCGCUAGCGGCUGGGGUGUCCAGGUGGAAUCGAUGCUCAUCAAGGACAUCAUCUUCAGUGAUGACCUCCAGGACUCGCUGUCCAUGGCUGCGCAGUCGAAGCGUAUCGGAGAGAGCAAGGUCAUCGCCGCCAGGGCGGAAGUCGAGUCCGCAAAGCUGAUGCGCCAGGCGGCUGAUAUCCUGUCCUCUGCCCCGGCCAUGCAGAUCCGCUAUCUCGAGGCUAUGCAGUCCAUGGCCAAGACCGCCAACAGCAAGGUCAUCUUCCUUCCGGCUCCCAACCAGACCAUCCAGCAACAGCUCGAGCAAGCCGACAACGCUGGCGAAGGACCCAGCCGGUAUGGCAGUGGACAAGCCUCUAGCAAUGACGACGGCUUCCAGCGCGCGAUCAAUGCACGCAUCGUCGAGAACAUCUAAACUGUCCUAUCACACUCGUGGGAUAGUUGACAGCCGGCUCUUGUCUGCUUGUAUCGCAAUCAACCCUCUAUUAUUGACUUUGAUACCAAAAAAAUUU